CGCCGCUCUGCCCGGCGCGGGCUUGCCCGCACCCUCCUCCGGGGCCUCCGCCGGACCCUGGCCGCUGGCGGCGGGAGCAGCAGCGGCGGGAGCAGCAGCACCGGCAGCGGCGCAGGAGCUUUUGAAGGUUGAUGUAUUGACAGAAGAAACAGCUGAUGGCUUCGGAAUCCAUGGUCCCAGAGCAGGCAAAACAACAUCUGGCAAAGGGGAAAAGGCAGCAGCAGCAGCAGCAGCAAAUGAGGGCUACCAACAGUGAUGCUGAAGAUGACAUCUUUGUCUUUGAAGCAAAUGAGGCCUGGAAGGAUUUUCACAGCUCUCUUCUUCACUUCUUUGAAGCUGGAGAGCUGUGUGAUGUCACCCUGAAGGUGGGCUCAAAGCUUAUCUCCUGCCACAAACUGGUGCUGGCCUGCGUCAUCCCUUACUUCAGAGCCAUGUUCCUGUCCGAAAUGGCCGAGGCCAAGCAGAGCCUGAUCGAGAUCAGAGACUUCGACGGCGACGCCAUCGAGGACCUGGUGAAGUUCGUCUACUCCUCCCGCCUCACCCUGACGGUGGACAACGUCCAGCCUCUGCUCUACGCCGCCUGCAUUCUCCAGGUGGAGCUGGUGGCCAAGGCCUGCUGUGAGUACAUGAAGCUGCAUUUCCACCCCUCCAACUGCCUGGCAGUCAGAGCCUUCGCCGAGAGCCACAACCGCAUCGACCUGAUGGACAUGGCCGACCAGUACGCCUGCGAGCACUUCGCCCAGGUGGUGGAGUGCGAGGACUUUGUCAGCGUCUCCCCCCAGCACCUCCACAAGCUGCUCUCCUCCAGCGACCUGAACAUUGAGAACGAGAAGCAGGUUUACAACGCUGCCAUCAAGUGGCUGCUGGCCAACCCCCAGCAUCACGCCGCCUGGCUGGAUGAGAUCCUGGCCCAGGUACGGCUGCCUCUCUUGCCCGUUUGCUUCCUUAUGGGGGUUGUGGCAAAGGAAGAGAUUGUCAAGCAGAAUCUAAAAUGUAGGGAUUUGCUGGAUGAAGCAAGGAACUACCACCUUCACCUGAGCAGCAGGGCAGUGCCAGACUUUGAGUACUCCAUUCGCACAACACCAAGGAAGCAGACCGCUGGUGUGCUGUUCUGUGUUGGAGGCAGAGGAGGCUCGGGGGACCCCUUCCGCAGCAUCGAGUGUUACUGCAUCAGGAGGAACGGUUGGUUCUUUGGCCCCGAGAUGAACAGCAGGAGGAGACACGUGGGGGUCAUCUCCGUGGGAGGUAAAGUCUAUGCAGUAGGUGGCCACGAUGGAAAUGAGCACUUGGGAAGCAUGGAAGUGUUUGAUCCUCUCACAAACAAGUGGAUGAUGAAGGCAUCGAUGAACACAAAGAGGAGAGGCAUCGCCCUGGCCUCCCUUGGUGGCCCCAUUUAUGCCAUAGGGGGGCUGGAUGACAACACCUGCUUCAGUGACGUGGAGAGGUACGACAUCGACUGCGACCGCUGGAGCGCCGUGGCCCCUAUGAACACCCCCCGUGGAGGGGUGGGCUCCGUGGCCCUCAUGAACCACGUUUAUGCUGUGGGUGGCAAUGAUGGUGUGGCCUCUCUCUCCAGUGUGGAGAAAUAUGACCCCCACUUGGACAAGUGGCUGGAAGUGAAGGAGAUGGGGCAGAGGAGAGCUGGCAACGGCGUCAGCGAGCUCCACGGCUGCUUGUACGUCGUCGGUGGCUUCGAUGACAACUCUCCGCUGAGCUCGGUGGAGCGCUUUGACCCACGCAGGAACAAGUGGGACUAUGUGGCAGAGCUGACCACCCCCAGGGGGGGCGUGGGCAUUGCCACCCUGAUGGGCAAGAUCUUUGCUGUUGGAGGCCACAAUGGCAACGCCUACCUGAACACAGUGGAGGCCUUUGAUCCCCUGGUCAACAGGUGGGAGCUGGUGGGCUCGGUGUCACACUGCAGGGCUGGGGCAGGCGUAGCUGUGUGCUCCUGUCUCAGCAGCCAGAUCCGGGAUGUGGGCCAAGGCUCCAGCAACGUGGUGGACUGCAUGUGAGCUGCUGCCUCCUUGGGGUCCAGAGGGGAAGCACUGCAAAGCUGCUCAGCACCUUGGGUGCUUCGUGGUGAAGAAAGAAAACCUGCAUUGUCUUUGGUGAAAACGUUAACCUGCUGCAGCUGCCAAGCUCUUGGUGGCCUUUUGUCACUGGGGAUGGAGGAAAGCCUGCAAAAACUUGGAAUAAAAGUGUGGCUCACAGGAGAAAACCUGCCAGCAGCUGCACUUCUGAAGAAGCUGUCACUGCAGAAUCAGCUGAGGAGGAAAUGCUGAAGGGACUCACUAUCGAGCUGUGGAAAGCAGGCAGGAGUGAGGAGGGAGUACAGCAGGCUGCUGCUGAGCCUCAGCCCCACAGCCCUGGAGCAGAGCUGUCUGGUGCUGAGCCUCGGCCCAUGGCCCUGGAGCACAGCAGGCAGGUGCUGAGCCUCAGCCCCACAGCCCUGGAGCACAGCAGGCAGGUGCUGAGCCUCAGCCCCACAGCCCUGGAGCACAGCAGGCAGGUGCUGAGCCUCAGCCCCCCAGCCCUGGAGCACAGCAGGCAGGUGCUGAGCCUCAGCCCCCAGCCCUGGAGCACAGCAGGCAGGUGCUGAGCCUCAGCCCCCAGCCCUGGAGCACAGCAGGCUGCUGCUGAGCCUCAGCCCCACAGCCCUGGAGCACAGCAGGCAGGUGCUGAGCCUCACCUCCUUUGCCUGGAGGUCUCCGGUGCCAGCUCGGGGCACUGGUUCCUGGAGGUCUCCGGUGCCAGCUCGGGGCACUGGUUCCUGGAGGUCUCCGGUGCCAGCUCGGGGCACUGGUUCCUGGAGGUCUCAGGUGGCAGCUCGGGGCACUGGUUCCUGGAGGUCUCAGGUGGCAGCUCGGGGCACUGGUUCCUGGACGUCUCAGGUGGCAGCUCAGGGCACUGUUUCCUGGAGGUGUCUGGUGCCAGCUCGGGGCACUGGUUCCUGGAGGUCUCAGGUGGCAGCUCAGGGCACUGUUUCCUGGAGGUCUCCGGUGGCAGCUCGGGGCACUGGUUCCUGGAGGUCUCCAGUGCUAGCUCAGGGCACUGGUUCCUGGAGGUCUCUGGUGCCAGCUCGGGGCACUGGUUCCUGGAGGUCUCUGGUGCCAGUUCAGGGCACUGGUUCCUGGAGGUCUCCGGUGCCAGCUCGGGGCACUGGUUCCUGGAGGUCUCCAGUGCUAGCUCGGGGCACUGGUUCCUGGAGGUCUCAGGUGGCAGCUUGGGGCACUGGUUCCUGGAGGUCUCAGGUGGCAGCUUGGGGCACUGGUUCCUGGAGGUCUCCGGUGCCAGCUCGGGGCACUGGUUCCUGGAGGUCUCCGGUGCCAGCUCGGGGCACUGGUUCCUGGAGGUCUCCGGUGCCAGCUCGGGGCACUGUUUCCUGGAGGUCUCCGGUGGCAGCUUGGGGCACUGGUUCCUGGAGGUCUCCAGUGCUAGCUCAGGGCACUGGUUCCUGGAGGUCUCAGGUGGCAGCUCAGGGCACUGUUUCCUGGAGGUGUCUGGUGCCAGCUCGGGGCACUGGUUCCUGGAGGUCUCUGGUGCCAGCUCGGGGCACUGGUUCCUGGAGGUCUCUGGUGCCAGCUCGGGGCACUGGUUCCUGGAGGUCUCUGGUGCCAGUUCAGGGCACUGGUUCCUGGAGGAGUCUGGUACCAGCUCGGGGCACUGCUUUCCAGCAGUGUAGCCUUCAGCACUUCCUCCCUGUUGGAGGGCUUGGGGCGGCAGAGCAGCUGGAGCAGCGGAAGGUGCCCACGUCCCUGGCACAGCUGCAGACAAGCGGAGCAGAGCAGCUCCCUGCCCAGCCCAGGAGAGCUGCAGUGUUCUGUAAGGACUCUGAAAUGCAGCUCUAGGAGCUGACAGCUCCGAGGGGUCAGUGCCCAGCAGCAGCUCCUCUGUGGUGGGAGCUCUGGAGGUACAUUUAAGACAGCUAAGCCAGGAAGAUCAAGCCCCUAAACAAGUAGCUGAGUUCAAGUCUCUCCAAACCAAAGAGUCAGCAGCAAGAAGAACUGAAAAUAACCUGGAAUGUGACAGCUCCUGGGGCUUGGUGGGCAGCCAGAAAGCUGGAAUGCCCAGGAAAGGCCAGCUGGAAGGACUGAGGCUUGCUCUUCCUGCAGCACCUGGAAGAGCCCAGCACCUGCCAAUCCUUUGUGACCAAAGGCUGACGUUACCAGGUUGUUCCAAGGGAGCAGGUGGAGCAGCAAGCAAGAGACAGGGCAGUAGGAGCAGGCAAAGGCAUGUUCUGUUGUUGAGUUGCCAUCACUCAGCUCUUCUGUGACUGCUAGGGGAGCAGGCAGGGGCAAAGUGAAUGGUUCUGUACAUACUGAAACUCUGCAAUAAAUCAUUUCUACUUCA